CAUUAAAUAAAUUUAAAAUGCAAUUUCCAAUAGAUCAAGCGUAAAAGGAAAUACCAAAAUAUAUUUAUAAAUGAUCCAUUGUUGAAGUUCCAAUAAGACACUCCUGUAGAAUUUGGGUUCCCGUAAUUCGUAGAAGUUGCAUUUCUCGAUCAAACGGCUCAGAGAUGGAAUAACUCUUGUGGUGAAUGGUAUGAAUGGGUAGCUAGAUGACAUCGCCACUGUAUAUGUCGCGCUGCCUUGACGGAAACUGAAGAUAUUCGGGCACACAGCCAGUGGGAAUAUCAGACAAGGAAGUACAGAUAAAUAGUAGUGUUGUUAUGUGGGCUCGACAUCAGAACACACAAUCAUCCUCGUGGAAUAUGUUUGCCCAACUGAUCUAAGCUGAACAAUGCAGUGAUCCUUGAAUCAGAGACGCACAAUCUUUGUUUUACUACAAUAUUUUCUAUUUCCUCAGAGAAGAAGUACCUUUAGGUGAAAACAUUACAUCGGAAGACCUGUUUCCCCCGGAAUCUUAUGCGCAAAAUUAUAUCGUUAAAUGCACUGUAAUGGCGCGUGCCGGAUCGCGGGUGAUGACACGGGACAGCCUCGGGUCGCUUGGCCCGGAGCGGCUAGAAAAGUUUGACGGUUACGACACGGUACAGAAAAUUGCAAAGGGAACGUUCGGCAUUGUUUACAAGGCCCGUAAAGGGGACAAACGUGUCGCCAUCAAAGUUGUCGACAUUUCCGGUCUGGCGGAACGAGACGUUAAGCAUGUGGAUUCGGAAAUAAAAGCAUUGCGCAACCUCCGACACGAUAAUCUCGUGCGGUACGAAAACGACUUCCAGAACGAUGACGGGCGGAAGCUGUGUAUCGUGAUGGAGCUGUGUGACCGCAAUCUCCGGGAGCACGUGCGCUCCCAAAAGGGACUUCUAGAGAUGGAGGGCGUCAGCAAGCUUCGCCAGAUCUGCCAGGGAAUCAAGUACCUUCACGACAAGCAUCUGGUCCACAGGGACGUGAAGUCGACCAACAUCUUCAUCAAGGACGGGGUCAUCAAGGUCGGGGACUUCGGACUCGUCAGAGACAUGAGCCAGGUCGCGUCUCGCCUGACGACGUACGUGGGUACGGUGAACUUCAUGAGCCCAGAAAUGUUCUCAAAUCAACUGUACGACAAAUCGACGGACAUUUGGAGUCUCGGCUGCUGCGUCUAUGAAAUGGCGGUAAACCCAAAGAAAAUGAAUAUAGAUUUACAACAGCAGGAAUUCUGGAGAAAAUGGCCCUGGUCAGAAAAGCUGGCCCGCCUCGUUCGAUCUAUGUUGAACAAAAACGCUAGCGAACGGCCGACAGUGGACGCGGUCAUCAGCGGUCUGGCGGAGAAGCAUAGCUCACCACGCCCGAAUCAGAGGCCACGCCAUGAGGAUAUGAGCAGGACCUAUCCACCCGGACCGCAAUAUGCGUCUACUAGAGGGAAAAUUGUGGCGGAGAGGCGCAUCCACAGAGAGAGGGAGGCGGUGACUUCAACUAGCGACUACCACAGUGAGGAGGAUGAGGAAGAGGAUGAGGGGGAGGAGGAGGAGGAGGUCACGGAUUGCGAAGGAGACGAGGUCAUCAUGGAUGUCCGAGUGAAAAUGACGCUCAAACAGAAGGAUAGCUACGAGGAUGCAAAGCGCAUCGCCAGUCGCAUCAAUGCCAGACUCGGGCCGAAAAGCGGGGACAAGAUGAAACAAUUGGAACAAUUCGUCCAUAAUGCCAACUCCAAGGAAGAAUAUACGGCUAAGGUGCGGAAACUGAUGGGGAAGCAGUAUGGCCAGAACGACACAGCCCUGGAUGUACUUUGGCGCUUAAUGGAGGACGUAAAGCAGAUAAGCAAGCACGUGGCGCUGAUCCCUAUGGACGACACGCACCUGCUGCACGAGCCCUCGUGACCUCCACGUGCUGCCAUUCUUCCAACACACGAGGCGAGACGGCUUCAAAACUAGAUGACCUCAUAGACUGUAUAAUUAUGUUUAUUGGACUAUUAUGACGCUUAGGACCAUGUGUAGAACUUUCAUGUAGAGAACAGUCAACAAAACCCAUACAUGUAUACAAAUCAGCUUGUAGUAUAAGUAGAAAAUAGUGCAUCACCAAGAAAAGGAUUUUGUCCAUGGAUUAGAGUUGACCUUCACACAAGUAUAACAUGCAUACUGUUACAUACAUUCUGCAUAGCACAGCCCCUAGCCAAUACACCGUAAACGAUAGCUCAACUCAACUCUUUACACUCUUUAUUUCCCCCAUGGCUGAAGAUAUUCGUAUAUACAAACAUUGAUAGACAGAGAACAUAUAUACAAUAAUAAUACUGAUCAAAUUAUAGCGUAUUUGUGUCAAAAUAUUUAUACAAAUAUUGUAGGAUAUAGCUUCAUAUCUAAACAUAAAUAAAACGCUUAUACUCUGCAUGCAAAUAAUAUUAGUCUAUUUGACUUUAAUGAUGGUAAGGUCGUACGUGAUCCGCCGUUUGGAUGCAGAAAUCUUGUCGAAACGAAAUACAAGAUUUACAGCAGCGAGUUAUGGCAUACAUAUUAUUGUUUAUGUUAAUAGAAAGAUAACAUGAACAUGGAUUAAUUGAUAAGUUUAAUCCAUAAAUUGCUUAGCAGUUUUAUAUGAAAUGUGUCACUAUGUUACAUGGUGAUUCCGGCCUAGACGAAACAACACAUUGUAAAGCUUGGAUUUUACUAAGGGGCCACUGUUACCCUUAAAACGGCGCAGGAUGUCAUAUAUGAAGUUAUUGCUUGAUAUUGCGCUAUGAUUCAAAUGUUUUAGAAAACAACCAAUACAUAUGUUAUGCUUUAUUAUGAGACAUUUUACACGUGUUCAAACUAUACAGUUUAAAAAUGCCAGAUUGUAUGUACAUGUAUGUACAUGUGCAUUUUUGUUUUGUUUCCCUGUUCUUUUUAGUUCACUUCAGGCCAGUCACUUUAUGUCGUCACUCUUCAUUUGCCCAUUUGUUUGUAAAUAAAGGGUAUUUUAACUCUU